GCAACUCCGGGCAGAAAUCAGGCCCGCCCCCUACCCCUCGUCUGUCCGCUCGCUUGUCCGGGCACACGCUGGGCCCGCGCCGUGGAGGCGCCACCGGGCCGCACCGGGCGGGGCGCGGGAGAAGGGAGGGGCCGCCGCCGCCUUAUUUCUGCUAGCGCAGCCCGCCAGGCUACGAGCCGGGUCGGUCCGCGUCUGUAGAGCCCCGCCAGCCCGCGUCCAUGAAGCCCCGCGGGCAACCCCCUUCCGCGCCCGGGCCCGCGCGCCCCUACGCCCAGCCGCAGGCGCUGCUCUUGCUGCUGCUGCUGCUCACACUGCCGGGCGCGGCGGUGCCUCUCCAGGACCCCGCGGUGCCGCUCCAGGGCCCCAGGGGCACAGACGGCCCCGCGCCACCCUCGUGGGCGAUGCUGCAGCAGGCGGCGCGCGUCGCGCUGCACUUCUUCAACUUCCACUCCGGCUCGCCCAGCGAGCUCCGAGUGCUGGCCGAUGUGCAGACAGGCGGCUGGCAGGUGGAUCCACAGAGGGGCUAUCACAUCAACCUGGUGUUUAGCACAGAGUCCUACCACCUGCAGGACGGUAAGCCACGCUUGGGGAAAUGUUUUGCUCAAGUGUUUUUCCAGAAUCAGAAACCCAGACCAGCCAUCACCAUGACCUGCACAGGGCUCAGUGAGAGAAACAGAACACUACAAGAGGAUCACCUGCUGUACGAGCAGCUGAAGCAAAUGAAGGAUGCCUUGACCGUGGGCGGCAUACCUGAUGAUUACGGAAAUAUCGAUCCCUCAGUGAGACCCAUCUGGGACUUGGCUGUUCUUGGCAGCUCUUACGUGAUGUGGGAAAGGACCACCCAGUUUUCAUACUACUACCCGUUACAGCUCAGCAGGGUGAAGCAGUGGAAAACCAGUGAUCACGCAAUUGACUUCGAUUACACUGUCCUGCUGCAUGAAUUCCCAACACAGGAAAUCGUUCCCUGCCAUAUUCACCUGAUCUGGUACCCCGGCAAGCCACUUAAAGUGAAGUACCGGUGUGAAGAGAUGCAAACCCCAGUCGAAGCUUCUUCUGGAACUGAGGAAGGAUCUGCUGUGGCACCAACAGAAUUUAGUAAUUUCUAAGAAACAAAAAGCUGAUUAUACCAAAUUCUAGACAAAAUGACUUUCCUAGCCUAAAUAAUUACUUUAGUUCUGGAGCCUGUGACUAUCAGCAAAAACUCAAAUGUAUCAGCUGCUGCUCAGCUGGCCUGUGUGGUCUAGCUCUGGGCUGCAGGGGCAUGCUGAGCUCUGCUCAUGCUGGGCACCCACUAGCGGGCUCCUUGGAGUUUCAGCCCUGGAACGUGAAAUCCAGGCAAUAAGUACCUGCUGCAGAGGCUGAUAAUUAUUAAAACAACAACAAUGGUUUCAACUCUGAAUUUGCAUUUCUUUACUCUUCUUAAUAUACUGUAAUUAUUUUAUGUUGCACAAUUGCUCCUAUCCUGUAUGUCAACAAGUAUAUUUUCAGUCAAAGAAAACUGUAGGGAAAAUAAUAACUGUUUAAGGAAUUCCACUGUUUUGUUACUUCAAGCAAGUAUUCCUUUUUAACUUGGCAUCUACUUUUAAAUAAAUGUUCAUAGUUCUAAAUAAUAAAAUGUGUUAAAUGUGUUUGCAGAGAUUUGUAUGCAUAGGCAACAUUUAUGCUAAGCUGAAAUUAAAUAAAAACCUUAAUAUUGCUUGA